GAGUUUAGAGUGCUGAACCUCCGUCAAAGCAAAGCCACAGUGUUCCCAUCAUUUGCGUUUAACAGAAGAGAGAGAAACCAUUUGUAGAGAGAGAAACUCUCAGUCGCAGACAUGUCUUCCUUCGAUGCCUUCACCGAUGACUUGAACGUCAACUCUUCUUCAACUCACCAACACGACGACGACGAGGACAACUUCUCCGGCUACGGCGGCUACUCCUCCUUCACCGGCGGUUUUUCCGCCGAUGGUGAUGUCCCCGUCGAUCACUCCGCCGCCGCUUCGCCGGAGAUCUACGGCUUUACUGAUCCGGCUCCCGCUUACUCUCAGUCUCCCUUCGAAUCUGCUUCCGUAGAGAAUGUAAACGAAAACGGAAACGGCUACGGUGACGGCGACGGAGUUUUCGUUUCGGACGGUCCAGUGCUUCCUCCGCCGACCGAGAUGGAGCCGGAGGAAGGCUACGCUCUUCGCGAGUGGCGCCGUCAAAAUGCCAUUCUCCUAGAAGAGAAGGAGAAAAGAGAAAAAGAGAUGAGGUUGAAGAUUAUUGAAGAAGCUGAGGAGUAUAAGGUGGCUUUCUAUGAGAAGAGGAAGGUUAAUGUUGAGUCUAGCAAGGUUCAAAAUAGAGAGAGGGAGAAGUUAUUCUUGGCUAGUCAAGAGAAGUUUCACAAGGAGGCAGACAAAGCUUAUUGGAAAGCAAUUGCAGAGCUCGUUCCUCGUGAAGUUCCCAACAUUGAAAAGAAAAGAGGCAAAAAGGAUCAGGACAAGAAGCCAUCAAUUACAGUCAUUCAAGGCCCAAAGCCCGGCAAACCCACGGAUCUGUCUAGGUUGCGGCAAAUACUGUUAAAGCUGAAGCAUACACCACCACCUCACAUGAUUCCUCCGCCACCUGCUCCUGCUAAAGAUGCCAAAGACGGUAAGGAUGGAAAAGAGAAAGCAUCAAAAGCAACUGGAUCUGCAGCAGAAGGUGCAACUGCUUCACAGCCAAAGGAUGCUGCCUCUAAUGGCGCCGCAGACGAACUCCAGAAGGAAGCUCCUGCCACUGAGGAGCAGGCUGCUGCAUGAUUUUUGCGUAUCAUACCUCAGUUCCCCUUCAAUCUUUCUUCUGGCAUCUCUUUCUCCACAUGCUGUCUUUAGUGAAUCUUUUUGCCCUGUUAUUAGCUUCUAAUGCUUAUUGGUUACAUUUUAUUACCAACUUUAAGGUUUUAUGUGAAUUAAAUCCAUUGACAAUUAUGACAUGGAGAUUCAAUGAUCAUGGGUUAAUACAUCCUAUUAGACAGAAAGUUAUCUGUUGGGAUUGCUGAUUGGUGGUGUCAAA